AUGAAAUUUUUGUGUCUCCCCGGCGCCUACGGAAGCGCAAAGAACUUCAAGGUCCAGCUCGGUCCCUUGGCUGGCGAGCUGGAAAAACGAGGUCUCGCCACAUUCACCUACACCCAAGGUUCCCACGAGGUUGAACCUCCGGAAGGAUGGGAGGACUACUUCGGUUCCCGCCCACUGUUCCGCUUUCUUGACACGAGGCACGGCGACAACUUCGCCAACCUUCGCCGCUUGAGGCACAUGCCUCACAGUAUCAAUGCUGAGGACUCCAUGCGCAUGUUCCAGAACACCGGCGAGGGUGAGGACUGGCACCAGGAGGUCUGGCGCAAUGCCUUGAACGACGUCUUCAAGACACUCGAGGAGAACCCUGACGUCGAUGCCAUAAUUGGCUACUCCGAGGGCGCCAUGGUUGGUGCUUCCCUUGUCGUCGAGGAGGCCCGUCGCGAGAAGGAGACCGGACUGGCUACUAAUGCGUUUCCCUUACAGUUCGCUGUCUUCAUUUCGGGCUCCCCGCCCCUGAAGUUGGAGGGCGAGAACCGCGUGGUCUGUCAGCUGUACGACGAAGUUGGCACCGUCAUCGACAUCCCAACCUUCCACAUCUUUGGGUGCGACGAUGCCUUCCUGCUUAGCGCUGUCGCACUCUACAACGUGUGCGACCCCAGCAACUCGGCCAUGUUCGAUCACGGCCUGGGUCAUAUCGUGCCCCGUGAUGCCGAGAACGUUCGCAUGCUGGCUGACAUCCUCGAGGAGCUGAUCCCCAAGGCUGAUGGCAAUAAGGAGGAAAGGGAACUGAAAAAGUACGAGCACAUUUAA